UUUAAUCAAACUGCGCUUGAGUUUCUGGGAAGAGAGGUUUCAACUUCCAAAGAACUUCAGAGAAGGGAAGUUUCAGAGGAGCAGAACUGAAACAAUAACGGGAAGCAAAACCACGCUCUUGAACCCUGAAUUCCCGAGCGUGUCUCUAUAUUCUUCGCUUCAACAUCAUCGACAAUCCAUGGCUUCCAUUUCCGGAUCUCAAUCGGGCGGCAAAAUGGUCCGACCCCGACGAACCGCCAGGACCGGAACCCCCUACGCCCGCCCCGCCGCCGCUCCGGCUCAGCCUCGGAGCCCUAACUGGCUUUCCCGUCUCGUCAUCUCUCCCACUCGUUUCAUUGCUUCCGGCGCCGGAAAGAUUUUAUCCACUGUUUUGGAUCUCGAAUCUUCCCCUGAUUCUUCUUCCUCCGCUACUUCUUCUCCCUCUUCUUCUUCCACUGAUUCCACUUCUGAGGAAGUUGGUCCUCUGGAUGAUGAAAAUGAUAACACUUUUGAAGGUGAUGAUGAUGCAUUGAACAAGGGGCUGCAGCCGUUAGAUGGGAAUGAGAAAAGCAAGCACGUGAUUGAGCAGCUGCUUAUGCAGGAGUCCUUCUCAAGGGAAGAAGGUGAUCGGUUGAUUAAAAUAAUAAGAUCAAGAGUUGUGGAUUCUCCUACAGUCAAUGGUGAUGUGGAUAAGAGGACAAGUGAUAUGGCCAUCAGGACUCUUGCAAGUGCCUCACCUGAUCUUAGUAGUGCGGCUGUUAUGGAGGCAAAGAAAUGGCUGCAGCAAAAGAAGUCAGGAAUAGAUUCAAAUUCAGAUUUAGGUCAUGGAAGUCGUAGUUUGAAUUUGGUCUCAUCACCACAAGCUCCGAAUGGUGAAGGAUCUCCUGUGGAUGUGGCUAAGUUAUACAUGCGCGCACGCCCUCCGUGGGCUUCUCCCUCCGUAGACCAUAACAAGCCUCCAACACUGUCUGGAAUUCAACUCUUUAAAGAAGAAACACCCCAUCUAUUCAGUGGCAACUCUACGUCAUCCUCCAAGUUGAAAAGGGGUUCUCCUGCUACCGGGUCGUGGAGUAUCCAGGAUGAAAUACGAAGAGUAAGAUCCAGGGCUACAGAGGAGAUGCUUAGGACACCCUCCUCCAAAAUUGAUUGGUCUACAUUUUCUAUGGAGCAUAAGAAUGAUGUGAACUCUUCAGCGAUUGAAAACCUAGGAACUAGUUUGGGAGAGAACGCCCAUAAUUUUACAAAUUUAGUAGAUGCAUCUGCAAGCUUGGCCACUGGACUAGGUUCUCAGGCCCCUUCAGAUUUGCAGAAUAAAAUGGAUGGGCUCCAACCCAAAUAUGUGCAGGCUGAUCAUCCAGCCAAUUUCAAUUCUGAACAGAAUCAGGUCUCUGUAGCUGUUGAGCAAACCAAAGGUACUCAAGAGGACUGCAGAGAAGUAACUACUUCAGGACUAAGAGAUGGGUCCUCAGAUGAUUUGCAUAGGGAUAGCGGUCUGCUUAAAGUCAAUGGCAUCAGUGACACAAAUGGAUCUAAUCAUCAACUACACUCUGUUGAAGAAACCGGAGAAGCUCAUUACCAUCAGAAAGAUCCUGACUUGCACCGUUUUGGCAGCGCCACUUAUAAGCGGCGACCACGUUCCACUACUUCUGCUACUGAGUCAAAUGAUUCAGCUCCCGCCUCAAUUACCUCUCCCACUCUGGAUCCACCUUUAGUUGACUUACCUAUUUCCCUCCGUAAAGCUUUAAAUUCUAGAUUACAAGAUGGAAACUGCUUAGCAUUCAAAGAGAAGGUUGAAGCAGAAGAUGCUGUGGCUAAUGGGUUUUCCAGUUUCCACGCAGGACAGGUUAUUGAAGAGAACACAAAAACAUUGGAUAACAAACCCAGUGCAGUUGAUGCAAGUCAAGAGAGGACAACUGAGGGAGUUCUUGAGCAAGAGGAUUGUAAGCAAUCUAUGGAGAUGCCUGGUGUGGUUGUAAACGACCCUGUUGCUGUAAAAGAUGACAGUACUGCCACUGGGUCACAGUCACAGAACAGUUCCAGUGUACAGAAUGAGGUUCAACAGAAAGGUUCUCAGGCAACACCAACUAGUAUUGCUAACCGGAAAGGUAAAAGAAUUACUAGAUCCACCAGAAAGGACCGAAGCAGGGGUGUCAAAUGAUGCCGGUUGUAUUUUGUAUCUUAAAUUGUAAGUUACUGUUAGCCUUAAAUUAGGGAUUCUGCUGCAGGCCAUUUGUUGAGGUUAAUAAUGUUUGUGAAUGAGUCUACGUCAACUUAGGUAGUAGUUUUCUUUGAUGUUCUUUCUUUGUUUUUGUUUAAAGAUUACAUUAAAUUCACGCCACGGAAAUCAGGGUUGGGAAAUUGAAUGUAUUAUUUGUAAAAUUGCAUUUUUUUUUCUGUUUAACUAACUGAUAUGGAUUUGCUCGUUCAAA